AUGGAAGACGACUUUCAGAGUCACGAGGGGCAGGGCUACAAACCUGACAGGCCUGACCUGCCAAUGGGAGAACAGAAAAAAAACAAACAGUCAAUGGAUGCUCAGAGGGUGGGGCCAGACAUGAUUUACACCAUUGAAGAUGUCCCACCCUGGUACCUGUGUAUUCUACUUGGAUUACAGCAUUACCUGACGUGUUUCAGUGGAACAGUGGCUGUGCCAUUUCUUCUGGCUGAGGCUAUGUGUGUUGGUCGAGACCAAAACACCAUCAGUCAACUGAUUGGAACCAUUUUCACCACAGUUGGCAUCACGACUCUGAUUCAGACCACCAUGGGAGUCAGACUUCCUCUUUUUCAGGCAAGUGCUUUUGCAUUCCUGAUUCCUGCUCAGGCAAUCCUCGGUCUGGACAGGUGGCGAUGUCCCAGUGAAGAAGAGAUUUAUGGGAACUGGAGUAUUCCUCUGAACACUUCACACAUCUGGCAGCCUCGAAUCAGAGAGAUCCAGGGUGCCAUCAUUGUGUCCAGCCUAGUGGAGCUUGUGAUUGGUCUGUGUGGGUUACCCGGGUUACUGCUGGAAUACAUCGGCCCGCUGACCAUUACGCCAACCAUCUCACUGAUCGGCCUCUCAGUCUUCACCACCGCUGGAGACCGAGCAGGCUCCCACUGGGGCCUCUCAGCACUGUGUAUUUUGCUGAUCGUACUGUUUGCACAAUACCUGAGAGCAACAUCACUUCCUGUUCCCAUGUACAGCAGGAAGAAAGGCCUGCGGUCCACCAGAGUGCAGAUCUUCAAGAUGUUUCCUAUCAUCAUCGCCAUCAUGUUGGUGUGGCUCGUUUGUUAUGUCCUCACUGUGACCGACCUGCUGCCCAAUGACCCUGAUGUCUAUGGACACAAAGGUCGCACCGAUGCCCGAGGGGAUAUUAUGACAUCAUCACCCUGGUUCAGGAUGCCUUACCCAUGCCAGUGGGGGUUGCCAGUGGUAACAGUUGCUGGAGUGUUGGGCAUGCUGAGUGCAACGAUGGCGGGCAUUGUGGAGUCAAUUGGAGAUUAUUAUGCUUGUGCUCGCCUGUCUGGAGCCACGCCCCCUCCUGUCCAUGCCAUCAACAGGGGCAUCUUCAUGGAGGGUGUGUGCUGCAUCAUUGCAGGUCUGUUGGGGACAGGAAAUGGCUCCACCUCUUCCAGUCCAAAUAUAGGUGUUCUUGGCAUCACCAAGGUGGGUAGUAGGCGGGUGGUGCAGUAUGGCGCCGGCAUCAUGUUUGUGCUGGGAACUGUCGGGAAGUUCACAGCUCUGUUUGCCUCGCUGCCCGACCCAAUCCUGGGAGGAAUGUUCUGUACGCUGUUCGGCAUGAUCACAGCUGUUGGUCUGUCAAACCUUCAGCUGGUCGAUUUGAACUCGUCCAGAAAUCUUUUUGUUCUCGGGUUCUCGAUGUUCUUUGGUCUGACACUGCCGACAUAUCUUGACUCACACCCCAACUCCAUCCAGACAGGUGUUUCCGAACUCGAUCAGAUCCUCACCGUUCUUCUCUCCACUGAGAUGUUUGUUGGAGGUUUUCUGGCUUUCUGUCUUGACAACACCAUCCCAGGUACCAGAGAGGAGCGAGGGCUGGUUGAGUGGAGCUCCUCCUCUUCCUCCUCUUCUUCCUCUUCCUAUGACCUUCCCUUCCUGAUGGGCGUGAUCAGACGGACUCACUGGCUCAGGCGGUUUCCCAUCAGCCCCUCCUUCACAGGUUUCAGGGCAUCCGAUGACCCACUGCCUCCUGAACAGGAGGAAGAAGAAGAGGAAGAUGGCACUCAAUUGCCCAGCACCAAGAUGUGAUGAUGAUGAUGUCAUCAGUCCCAGCUGAGACUAUUGUGAUCUCAUGUGUUAUGUUUCUAAACUGAUAAACAUUUCCAGGUGAUUGUUUAUCAGCAGUCUUUAGUUCCCUCUGUUCACUUUCAUAAAUCAAUAUGACCAGAAGUUUGUGACAUCACAGCUUUUCCUGUAACUAAAACCCAGCCCACAGCCUGGCCCAGCAGUCCCUGAGUUUAAUUUCCUUCUUAUGAGCUCAGCCCAAAGCUUUAUGGGACACAGGUUCCAGGUGUGCAGUGACUCAUUUUUAUGAACUGCAGUCAGGUUCCUGCGGGAUGCAGCCACAGGGAGCUGCUAUUCAUACACGUUCAAAAUAAAAGCAGGUCUUUUCUGAGUCUGCUGAACUGUCUGUGAGCAGCUCCUGUUCAGAUGGCUGCACCACUGAAGGAAACCAGACAGAUUCAGAUCUUUCCGAGACUUUAUAAAGCCAUUAACAUGUGAGAAACUUCACACACACACACACAUGCAUGCACACGUGCACACACAUACCAUCAGCUGGCUUAAUGCAAUAACAUAUUAAAUGAAGUAAAAUUUUACCUUCAUACUGUGAAUAUUUUUAGAGUUUGAGGCCCUUGCUGGGUCCAGAUUUGGUGCUUUUUGAGUCAUUUUUAAAACAGGAAUUUAGUUUUUUUUUUUUUUUUUCUUUUUAAACAACGAUGUGCUCCAUGAUACUGAUGCUCAGAACAGGAACAAUCAAGCUGAACAAAUACAGAUUUAUGUUUAGACUGUGACUCUUGCAGUGGGUGUAAAACUGAUUUGGUAAUUUCUAACAGACCCCUGAAAAUGUCAGAACACAUCUCAGGAGGUCACACAACUUUAACAGGUCUGAUUUAGGAGAUGUUGGCAUGCACUUUAGUCACAUGACUUAAUCAUGAUGCCACUUCAUUAUUUUAUCCUUUCACUCAUGUUUUCAGAGUUUGAGUAAAGGAUGGAGGUUUAGGUGAAAUCUCUUCUGUCCAAAAAAACAUUGUGUCCAUGCAUAAAAACGAACAUCAGAAAACUCAGAAAACAUCUUUAUGACUGAGGAUUGGUUUGAAAGACAGUGAUCAAUAUUAAUCAGUAUUAAUUUUGAAUAUAAGUUGAGACAUGAAUUGAUUAGAGUACUGUCUGACAGACUGGUUCCCAGUAUACCUCCCAGUUUGACUCCAGUUUGUUUUGUUCUCGUUGAACAAAUUUUUUGUUUUCAUGGUAAUCAAUAAAUGUUUCCAUUGAUCA